AUGGCCUCAGUCGCAGUAUCUACCCCCUUAAAGUCCCAUACGGGACUCUUCUCCUCCCGCACCGCUGGCGGUCGCAUGCCCUUGACGCCUUCUCCUCGCCAGCGCCAGAACAAAGCAGCUACCAACGCCAGCUUGGAGUCAUCUCCUUUCACCCCGGAGAAGAAGUCAACGGCUGCCACCAGGUCAGUCUAUGGAGGCGGAAACUUGGCCGCCCACUUUGCCAAGGCUUCCUCGAGGCCCCAACGAGACUCGACCAAGUCCAACAUUGCUCGUGGUGUAUCAACCCCACGGAAAGCGUUGGAACUCGGCGUGUCCGACUUUACCCUCGUCGGCACUGGCAACACCAAGGAGUCUGCCAACUCAAAGAAGACUGCAGCCAAGCAAAAGGCUAGCAAGACUACUCUGACAUAUGCUGCUGAUCGCUUCAUCCCGAACCGUAGCAACAGCUCUGCCAUUGCAAAUGUAGGCUCUGGCAAGCUCGACGUUCAGGAAAAGCAGCGAACCAAGACCAGCACAUCCGAGAGUUCUACCGUGCUAUCUUCUGCCGCAGAUGAUGCACUUGCUGCCCUUGAGAGUUUGAACAUCAACGAUGAUGAGGAUGAUGAUAACACGACAUACUCGAGGCCGUCGCCCAAUAGUGUUGCCUACCAAGACUCGCUGGCUAGCGCAUGUGGCGUCAACUUGAACACUCGAAUUCUUCAGUUCAAGCCUGCUCCUCCAGAAUCCUCCAAGCCCAUUGAUCUCCGACAGCAGUACAACCGUCCGCUCAGAAACCCUGCCAGCUCGGCCCAAUUCCGGCGCCGCGUUGCCACUGCCCCAGAGCGCGUACUGGAUGCCCCUGGCCUGAUCGAUGACUACUACCUGAACCUGCUCGACUGGAGCUCCGAGAACCAGGUUGCCAUCGGUCUUGAGCGCACUGUCUACGUCUGGUCUGCUGAGGAGGGUAGCGUCAACCAGCUGCUGGAGACCUCUGCCGACACCUAUGUCAGCAGCGUCAAGUGGUCUGGCGAUGGCGCUUACGUAAGUGUAGGUCUUGGAACCGGUGAGGUCCAGAUCUGGGAUGUUGCCGAGGGUCAGAAGAUCCGCAGCAUGUUCGGCCACGAUACCCGUGUUGGUGUCAUGGGCUGGAACAAGCACCUUCUUUCUACUGGUGCCCGAAGCGGCCUUGUCUACAACCACGAUGUUCGUAUCGCCGAGCACAAGGUUGCCGAGCUCGUGUCUCACACCUCCGAGGUUUGUGGUCUGGAGUGGCGUGCCGAUGGUGCCCAGCUCGCUACUGGCGGCAAUGAUAACCUGGUCUCCAUCUGGGAUGCCCGCUCCUUGGCUGUUCCAAAGUUCACCAAGACCAACCACAAGGCUGCCGUCAAGGCUCUUGCCUGGUGCCCGUGGAAUGCCAACCUCUUGGCCACCGGCGGCGGCUCCUACGACCGCCACAUCCACUUCUGGAACACCACGUCUGGUGCCCGUGUCAACAGCAUUGAUACUGGAUCCCAAGUCACCAGCUUGCGCUGGAGCACGACUUACAAGGAGAUUGUCAGCUCGAGCGGCUUCCCCGACAACUCCCUGAGCAUCUGGAGCUACCCUACCCUGGUUCGCAAUGUCGAGAUCCCUGCUCAUGAGAGCCGCGUUCUUCACAGCUGCCUCAGCCCUGACGGCCAAAUGCUGGCAACUGCUGCUGCCGAUGAGAGUUUGAAGUUCUGGAAGGUCUUUGAGAAGAAGGCCGGUGCAUCCGCCAGUGUCGGUGCAAGUGGUUCCUCGAGCAAGGCUCAAAUGACCAAGCAAAUGACCAUUCGAUAA